GCUCUCUCUCGCGCGCGCGCUCUCACACAAUCAGUCACAGACACAGACUGAGGGAAAUCAAGGCAGCGUUUCUUCUCGAGCAGCUGUGAAGGAGUUCCGCGAUCAAACUUUAUCGAUUAAUUCAUCGUUGGUUGUGUUUUCUUCAGCAGACCCGUGUGAAUGAAGAUGUUGAGCUGCUGUGUGUUGACAGAUCUGAGCAUCACAUUUCAAUAAACACUAAAGGAAGUGAGUGAGGCCAAUGAGAGCAGAGGAUUGUGGGUGUCUGAUCAGGGCAGGUCGACAGAUUGAGAGGUUUUGAGCUGCACAGACAGACAGACAGACAGACGGACGGACAGACGCAGCACGGUCAGGCUGUCAGUGUGGAGAAACUGUGUAGAGAUCAGUGUGUAUAUGUGUGUGUCUAUGAGGCGGUGACACACACACACACACUCAUGCCCUAGUCGUGUAGACGCUCGGCUCGAGUCUCAGGGAUGGAGCUACAGGUCCGGAUGAGAACCAGUUGGAAGCGGCUGCUGGUUGUUUCGGGUCUGAUCUCACUCUUGUCGUCUGUUCAGGCGAAUGUACUGGACACAAUGUUACUGAGGAUUUCUGGGAAGUCUGCGGUGGGCAGUGGGAAAGAGAACAGCGCCAGCACAGCACCUGGGAUUCCUGAGCGAAUGUUUUUGUGUCACUGUUACAAUCACUGUCCUGAGGAUUCAAUUAAUAACACCUGCAGGACUAAUGGUUACUGCUUUACUAUGGUGGAGGAAGAGGAGGGUGGCUCUCCCGUUCUCACAUUGGGCUGUCUGGGAUCUGUGGGUUCAGAGUUUCAGUGUAGAGAUACAGGAAACGCUCGUCUGAGGAGAGUCUUGGAAUGUUGUACAGAUCAGGAUUACUGUAACAAAGAUCUCCAGCCAGUCUUACCUCCGCUCAAGAGACCUGAUUUAGACAGCAGUCUUCAUCAUACGGCUCUUCUGAUCUCUGUGAGCGUCUGCUCUAUCGUCCUGCUCUUCAUCAGUUUAUUCUGUUACUGCAGGUAUAAACAUAAGGAGACCCGAGCGCGCUACAGCAUCACUCAUGAUGAGACUCUUAAACCGGCUGGAGAAUCUCUGAGAGAUAUGAUCACACAAUCACAGAGCUCAGGCAGCGGUUCAGGACUCCCUGUGCUGGUGCAGCGUACGGUGGCGAGACAGAUCCAGAUGGUGUCUCAGAUCGGGAAGGGUCGAUACGGUGAGGUGUGGAUGAGCCGCUGGAGAGGAGAGCAGGUGGCUGUGAAGGUUUUCUUUACUACAGAAGAGGCCAGCUGGAACAGAGAGACUGAAAUCUAUCAGACCGUCCUGAUGAGACAUGAAAACAUUCUGGGUUUCAUCGCUGCAGAUAUCAUAGGUACAGGCUCGUGGACGCAGCUCUAUCUGAUCACAGAUUAUCAUGAAAACGGCUCGCUGUACGACUACCUCAAAUCCACCUCGCUGGACACCAAAUCACUGCUUCAACUCGCACAGUCCGCCGUCUCGGGUCUCUGUCACCUACACACUGAGAUCUCCGGCACGCAGGGAAAACCGGCCAUCGCACACCGAGACCUGAAGAGCAAAAACAUCCUGGUGAAGAGAGACGGCACCUGCUGCAUCGCUGAUCUGGGACUUGCCGUCAAAUUCAUCAGCAAGAAGACUCGGACUGCGACAACCAACCGAUUCGAUGAAUUCAAAUACACAAUAUGGACAAAAGUUUUGGGACACCCACUUCCAAUGAACAGUGAUACGAAUGAAGUGGACAUCCCACCUAACACACGGGUCGGUACCAAACGCUACAUGGCACCAGAGGUUCUGGAUGAGAGUUUGAACCGGAGUCACUUUCAGUCAUACAUCAUGGCAGAUAUGUACAGCUUUGGUCUCAUUUUGUGGGAGAUGGCGAGAAGAUGCUCAUCUGCGGGGAUUGUGGAUGAAUAUCAGUUACCGUAUCAUGAUCUUGUACCCACUGACCCUUCAUAUGAGGACAUGAGGGAGGUGGUCUGCAUUAAAGGCCAGAGACCCUCGCUGGUCAAACGCUGGAUUGGUGAUGAGUGUCUGCAGCAGAUGGCUAAACUCAUGACUGAAUGUUGGGCUCAUAAUCCAGCAUCUCGUCUGACGGCACUGAGGGUGAAGAAGACGCUCUGCAGAAUGUCUAAAAGUCAGGACUUUAAACGAUGACUUUACUGAAGCGCCAGCACAGCGCCUUUUACUCCUGCUUUCUGUGAAAGCUCAAGAUGGAUGAAGAAACUUGCAGGACACUUCACAGAUAAACAUCAUGUGUUUACAAGAAGACAUCAGACCUCAGACUGGAAUGAUGGGCCACACAAUGACUGUGGGACUCCAUUUAUAAAGAAAAUCAUUAAAUGUCCUUCGAGAAAAACUCUGUUUCAACAUUGGAUUUGUUAUGCGAUGUUAUUUUCUGAAGAGCUUGAUGUCGAUUCAUUGUAAAUGAUGAUGAACUUUGAUGUUUGGCUCGUGGUCGUUCAAAACUCUGUCCUUGUAAAAUAUGAAUGUAAAUAUUGAAUGUUGUUUAAUUGGUAAUGUUUGUACAGGAUUCAAUCUUUCUUGUGCCUUAUUUAACAUGUACACUUCUAAUAUUUGAUAGUUUAUCUAAAUGGAGUGAAAUUAAUGUAUGCGUUUAACAUUCCACCUUUAAUAAAGUGGAUUCAUUCUGA